AUGUACAUUGAUAAAGUAAUUUUUAUGAUCAUCCUUUGCACGACAAGCACAUGCUGGAGCGGGACAUUGACGCGAACUGCCAGGACGAUCAAUUCCUCACUCUUCACGUGGCCGCAAAUGUUGUUCAGCAAUCGACCCAAUUUUUCAAUUACUCCAAAAUUCUCGUACAAUCAAGUCCAAAUUCCAGAAUGGGCCAAGGGUGGUGUUGCCAGUCUUCUACGUUUCGUGUCCUUUGUAAACAGCGAAAACGGACCUAUGCAAAUCGAAUUCGGACCAGAAGAUGGACCACGUGCUGCAGCAGCGUAUCAACGACGCUACGGACAUCGAGGAGAGCGACUCAUUGAGCAAUUGGGAAACGGUUUCGAUCCCGAUAUUCGACAAGUAUCUACGCCUAGUAUCUUUUUGACGCCGCCUCUACCUCCCUUUAGGAGGUAGUAGUAUCCAACUCGCAAUAAUGUGAGUACAAUCAAUAAAACCACAAACUGUAUUAAUUUAAUUUAGAGGUAACUUUGUCAAGCUCUUAAAGAUAGAAAUAAUUUUGUACAAACUAUUUAUCUGCGUUAUUAUUUAAUUUUAUAUUUAUAUAAAAAGUACGAGAUCGAUAAAGCGUUAGAUAAACGCACGCUAUACCUUCAUGAAGAAAGACGUGUAUAAAAUGUAUGCGAGAUUAAACAAAAUAUACGUAAUAAAUGCACGUGCUGCUCUG